AUGGCUAUUUAUGAUUUUUAUCCGCUAGACAAGUGCACAAACAUCUUUGAACAAACAAUAUUUUUUGAUACUUUUAAUAGCGUGGCGAUAAAAAAAAGAAAGGUAAUUGUCUUGACAACAAACACGUCAUUGACUGAUAGUUUAUAUUCCGAGCUGAUUAACAAAAAAAUGAGAGGAUUUAGGCUUGGAAGGAGAUUGGUGAGAGUCUUCAAGUUGUUCAUUCAUAGGAGAAAAAAGGGAAAAAUCAGCUACAAACGUUUGGGAUCUUCCAAUUGUGCAAUAAAAGCAAUUUCAAAGCUAUGUAAUUUUGGAAAUUUGUUGAAGCAUGGGGUUAAAAAUGUCAAUUUUGCGAAUCCCAGUUCGGGUUAUAUUCGGGUCGGUUCAGAAUUGAUGGAUCAGAACCAAAUACCAAAGGGUCAUUUGGCUGUUUAUGUUGGUGAAAAACAGGAUGUUGCAUGUAGAGUUUUAGUGCCUGUGAUUUACUUUAAUCAUCCUUUGUUUGUUGAUUUGUUAAGAGAGGCUGAAAUGGUUUAUGGGUUCAAUCAUUCGGGUGGGAUCCAAAUCCCUUGUCGGAUAUCCGAAUUCGAGAACAUUCAAUCAAGAAUCGCCGCCAUGGGUGGUGGUGGAAGUUGUCGCACGAGGCGGAGCUGGAGGUGUAAGUACUGGUGAGUUAUGAAGUUAUUAGAUUUGUCUUUGAUUAUUUGAUCAUGUCGGAAUUUGUACAUAUUUAUGUUAAUUUAGUGAUCAGUCCGUUAGUUUCUUUUAUCACACUCGAAAAAAAGAUGUCUGAGUGUGAGAAGAUCUAAUUUAGUUA